GUUUCCCUCCUUCUAUGAUACUUAUUUUGUUUAUUUCAAUUUAUAAUUUUCUGAAUAUUUUGUUCAUUGUCUUAUUAAACAAGAAUUGUACCUAAAAUAAACACUCUGUACCUUUUUUGUUUUCUACUUGCCUUUCGGAUGGUGGACAUUUUCUUCUUUUGCAUUUUUCAUUCUUUAAUUUUUGUCAUUUUUUAUUUAUUAUUUUGCAUCAAGAUGGUUUUUUCAACCAAAACUCUUGAGAGAAUUUCUUGGAGUAUACUCCAACACAUACCUAUGAAAGGAGGUUCAAAUAUCUUUUGAUGACACAUUGAUACAACUUCUAAGUUCUAACGAAAAAUCAUGGCUGACGAUAAUCAGCAUUCUGGAGAUCAAUGUAAGGGUAUUUUAUGGGGUUUGUCUUUUGGAGCAGCUUCAGCAAUAGCUUUGAAAACCAUUAGUGCUUUAUUUCCUCAACGAACUACUGAAGAUAAUACAGAGAAAGUUACUCAAGUUAUUAUACCUGCUAUUACUAUUAAUAUACCUCAAAAUUUAAGCAAUCAAGUGAAACUCCAGCGUAAUGUGUCUGCAAAUCCUUCUGUCACUAUUAAUACGCCGCUCAACUUAACCGAUCAAGUGAAACUCCAGCACAAUGCGUCGGCAAAUCAAAUUACUUCUCAACCCAAGCCUAAGGCUGUAGGUCAUCCUGUGUCAUGUGAGCAAUUGAAAGGCGGUUUAUUAAAUGAUUGCAAAGGACACCACAGCAAUCAAUGUGACUCCUAUUCUAAGAUAUAUAAGCAAUUUUGCUCUGGAUCAGGUAUUUUUCAUUUCAUGCCCCUAUUUAUGUGGUAG